GUUCAGGGGCUCAUCAACAAAGGCAAUGGAGCAUUUCUUGAAAGUGCAGAAACCGUGUCCUUUUCGGACGGGGGAGAUUGUGGAUGAGCUUGUUACUCAGGGAGGCAAGGUCAACCCCAAAGACAAGAACACCCGGUACUUGCUGCAAGACUUCAGAGGACUCGCCAAGGGCGCGGAGGGGGGCGAUGAGGCUCCGGAGGAUGCAUCAGAUGCGGACGAUCCGUCGACUUGGCCGGUGCCUCUGCCUGUUCGAGGGCGGUCUGUUCCACAAUUUGCUGCACCAAUCGCAACAACAGAUGACGAAGCUGCAGUGAAAAGUGAUGAUUGCACCGGUGGAGGGGCGGCCCGUGUUGUGCUGGCAAAGACGCAGACCACAAUAAGAAAGUGGAUUGACAACGACGCACAAAAAAAGUUGGACAUUGCGUGGGCGGAAGCAAUGUUCAGGGCUGGAAUUGCUUUCAACUUCUUGAACUUCAACACCACGCAGGCUCUUCAAAACACUUACUUGGAGGUUGCCAAUGCAAAGCCGAAGGUGAAGUUGUCUACCUACAAGCAUAUGCGGACUGUCAUGUUGGACUACAUCUUCCUGAAGGUCCAGAAGGCAAUCAACCCCUUCACUGCUUGUUGGGAGAAAACCGGCUGCACAUUCAUCACAGACGGAGCGACAGAUCGCAAGAACCGGCCGGUCAUGAAUUUCCUAGCAGCGGGGCAGAAAGGAGCAGUUCUGGUGACCACAGUUUACAUGAUUGGGAGGAAGAAAAAUGCAGCAGCAUUGACGAAGUUGUGGGAGCAAGUGAUGCGGGAGAUAGGGCUCAAACGGAUUAACGCGAUCUACACAGACAACGCUGAGGUCAACAAGAAGUCGGCGCAGAUCUUGGAGAGGCGGACCGACAGAGACGUUGCAAGGAUACCGUGGGUGCCAUGCGGAGCGCAUUGCUGCAGUCUGUUGUUGAAGGACCUUAGCAGUUUGCCUUGGGUGAAGGACACAGUGAAGACGGCGAACACGAUCGUGAAGUUCAUCAGGAACCAUCACGCCACGCACGGUCUCAUGAUGUCCAUCGAUGACUCGUUGUCAUUGCUGCGCCCGACAGAGGUCCGGUUCGGGUCGGUGUACCAGAUGCUGCAGAGGCUAACGGACAGGGAGGAAGUGUUGAAUGAGAUGGUGGACGGAGGUUGUGGAGCGAAGUGGUGCGCAUUGAGAUGGUCAGGAGAGAAGCUGCAGAAAAAAGCCAACCUUGUCUACUACACUGUGAGGUCAGAGAGUUGGUGGGCCAUAGUAAGGAAAAUUGUGGCAAUUAUGGAGUCGGUGUACAGCCUCCUGAAGAGGAUGGACAGGGAAGGAGUUUCUCCCACCAACCUCGUGGAGUUCGACGAUCUCAUUGCGAGGAAAUUAGCAAACGUCGUACUCGCGAAGAAGGAGAGGGAGGAUGUGAUGGACAAGGUCAAGGACCACGUGCAGAUGAUGCGGCAGCCCGUUCAUGCAGCUGCAUUUUUGUUGGAUCCACGGAGGAGAGACCCAGGCUGGCUCAGCGAUCCGGACAGCGCCCUCGUGCAAAACGCAAUGCGCUUCUUCUGCAGGCAGAUCGGAGCGGGGUGGGAUUCAAAGCCGCACAUGGACAUGUAGGAGCAUCCGUACGAGUUUUUGAGAGAGCAUGUGGAAGGGGAAGUCGGGACAGAUGAACGCAUGUGGACACCAGUUGCCAUCAAGCAAGCAACAAGACGUACGCCUGCAGACUGGUGGACCUUGCACGAUGGGGAUGUUCCACAGUUGCAGCAGAUCGCCAUCAACAUGCUGGGAAUGUGGAGCACGGCGACACCCGCGGAGCGGAACUGGGCAUCGAUGGAUUUUGUCCAUUCGAAGCGCAGAAACAAUCU